UACUUUUCAAACCUAACAAAUAACAAUAAGUAAACCGUAACACUUGCAGGUCUCCUUUUUUCGCAAUUACAUUUUCUGUGCAAUUCCGAAAGCUCUUAUCCCUCAGCCGUCUGCCGCCUGUCGGCUGCCGCUGCUGCAUGCCACCUGCCAUCGUCCAGUCUUCCAUACACCUUCAUUACCCUGCAGCGUUUGAAAUUAGGUGAAAUUCAUGUGUUCCUAUUCUAUAAUCUUUGCUAGUAAUUAUUAGACAAACAGAAUGUUGGCUGCAAAAACUCCCUCACUUAAUGCUCUUUCUUUCUUUGAGAAGUCCUUAAAAGGUCCAAAUCAGUGCAUUAAGUUCACUUCACCUUUUGUUAGUGUCCCUCAGCCAAACAAAAUAAUUUCAACACGUUCCUUUCCAAGUAUUAAAUCAUCUCUUUCACUAGACCAUGAUAAAUCAGUAAAUGAACUUACUCCUGCUCAGACCCGAGUUGAUAUUCUGUCAGAGUCUCUCCCAUAUCUACAAAAGUUUCGUGGGAAAACAAUCGUUGUUAAAUAUGGCGGUGCAGCUAUGAAAUCCGAAUCUCUUCAAGCAUCAGUAAUCAAUGACCUUGUGCUUCUCUCAUGUGUGGGUAUACGCCCUAUCUUUGUUCAUGGAGGUGGUCCUGAAAUCAACCAAUGGCUCGACCGCAUUGGCCUCAAACCGAACUUUCUCAAUGGUCUCCGUGUCACUGAUGCAUCCACUAUGGAGAUAGUCACAAUGGUUCUUGUUGGCAAGGUCAAUAAACAUCUAGUGUCUCUCAUAAACAAGGCAGGAGCAACUGCUGUUGGCCUCUCUGGUUUGGAUGGCCGCCUUCUCACAGCACGACCCUCUCCGAGAGCUGCAGAACUCGGGUUUGUUGGUGAAGUGGCACUUGUGGACCCCACCGUUCUUCGGCCUUUGGUAGAGAAUAAUCACAUUCCUGUCAUUGCAUCUGUAGCAGCCGAUGAGAAUGGACAAUCCUAUAAUAUCAAUGCAGAUACUGUAGCAGGGGAAUUGGCUGCUGCAUUGGGUGCUGAAAAGCUUAUCUUAUUAACCGAUGUAGCAGGGAUUUUGGAAAACAAAGAUGAUCCAGGUAGUUUAGUGAAGGAAAUCGACAUUACCGGCAUAAGGAAUAUGGUUUCAGAGGGCAAGAUUGCUGGUGGGAUGAUCCCAAAGGUCAAUUGUUGCAUUAGGUCUCUGGCUCAAGGGGUUAAAACAGCAAGUAUAAUUGAUGGUAGGGUUCAGCAUUCAUUGCUACUGGAAAUUUUGACCGAUGAAGGAGCUGGAACCAUGAUCACUGGCUGAUAUUUAUGUUCUGUUCCAAUUUGAUCAACUUUCUAUUCCCCCUUUUGUUUUUUCCUACAUUCAGAGGAGCUGGAAUGACGAGAGGGGGAUGCACUUCUAUGUGAUAUGAUGUUGUCGUGUUUGUUUCUUGUUGGAGUUCUGAACUUCGAAGAAUACAAUUUUGAUAUUUAAUGAAUUCCAGUUUCAGUUUCGAAAAGUCUUCCUUGAUUUGUUUUCAGAAUCAAUACUGUAUUCAAGUUUUCGUGUCUAUGCUUUUACCAGCUUAACAUCUAGUCCUAUUGUUCUUUCCCGGCAUAACAUCUGCUUGAAUCCUCUGAAAUAUUUAUUUGAUUCUAAAAGAUGUGCGCUGAA